UGGGAAAAGAGAGCCCUUCCUGUUUCUCUAUGGUCCUGCUGCGCGGUGCAUGCCGGGAAGGCGACGUCUCCUUCCGCUGCCAUCUUGGUUUCCUCCUUGGGCGGCUGAGGGGCGUCCGUGGAGGCGAUGAAGUCUCUCCCGCUUGCCGCGCGGUGCCUCUCGAAGAGAUUUUAUUCUCUCAAAAGUGCCCCAAAAGUAGAUGCCUCUUCUGCAGCAGAACGGGCCAAAAUUCAGCUGUGCCCUCAGGAUCUUGAGAUCACAAAACUACCCAAUGGCUUAGUGAUUGCUUCUCUGGAAAAUUAUUCUCCUGCCUCAAGAAUUGGGGUCUUCAUCAAAGCAGGCAGCAGGUACGAGACCACUGCUAAUUUGGGAAUAACACAUCUCCUCCGUCUUGCCUCUAAUCUGACCACAAAAGGAGCUUCAGCCUUCAGGAUCACUCGAGGCAUUGAAGCCGUUGGGGGCAGCCUGAGUGUCACCUGUACCAGGGAGAACAUGGUCUAUUCUGUUGAAUGCCUGCGUGAUUAUGUUGAUACUGUAAUGGAGUAUUUAAUAAACGUCACUACAGCACCAGAAUUCAGGCCCUGGGAAGUGUCAGAGGUUCAGCCCCGGCUAAGUGUUGAUAAGGCAAUUGCCUUUCAGAACCCACAAGUUGGUGUUCUCGAAAACUUGCAUAUGGUGGCUUAUCGGAAUGCCCUUGCUAAUUCCUUGUACUGUCCUGACUACAUGGUUGGGAAAAUUACAUCUGAACAGCUGCAUAACUUUGUACAGAACAACUUCACGAGUUCCAGGAUGGCUCUGGUGGGUCUAGGCGUCGGCCACUUAGACCUAAAGCAAGUUGGGGAGCAGUUUCUCAACAUCCGAAGUGGGACCGGCUCUGCUGGCGUGAAGGCAAGCUAUCGUGGAGGUGAAAUCCGAGAGCAGAACAGUGACAGCCUUGUCCAUGCUGCUAUAGUAGCAGAGGGAGCGGCCAUUGGAAGCACAGAAGCAAAUGCCUUCAGUAUCCUUCAGCACAUUCUUGGAGCAGGACCUCUUGUUAAAAGAGGAAGCAGCAUCACCAGUAGGCUCAUCCAGGGUGCUGCAAAGGUGACAACACAACCGUUCGAUGUAUCAGCAUUUAAUGUUAAUUACAGUGAUUCAGGACUGUUUGGCAUUUAUACUGUAAGCCAGCUGUCAGCUGCUGGAGAUGUAAUCAAAGCUGCUUUGAACCAAGCAAAGACGGUUGCCCAGGGAGGACUCACUGAGGAAGAGAUCACAAGAGCCAAAAACCAACUGAAGGCAGCGCUCUUGAUGUCUGUCGAGUCUUCCGGUGGCUUGCUCGAGGAGAUUGGUGCUCAGGCACUGGCAUCUGGGACAUAUGCAUCGCCUUCAUCUGUGGUGGAAGAGAUUGAUGCUGUGGCCACUGCUGACAUUGUGAACGCUGCAAGGAAGUUUGUGACUGGGAAGAAGUCAAUGGCUGCCAGUGGGAACUUGGCAAACACCCCCUUUGUUGAUGAGCUGUAGGAAGGCUGAGGUGGGCCAGGGCGUACAGGAUCUGGUCAGACUUGCCUCCGAGGCAGUUGCAUUGAAUCGCUACACUCAAUCUUCAGUCUCUUAUUUAUGGUUCUAAUGCUUUGAGCCUGUGGGUUACCAUGUCAAUUUACAUACACUGAAUAAAGUGCAAAGUAUGUACUCUCA